AUGAACAAGUACCCAACAACCAAUCCUGUGGAGGAGUUCAACAGAAACGUUACAAUAACAAACCUAAAAAUUAAUCAUUUAGAGUACAGAAAUGUGGAAGGAAAAAACUUGUUUGAGAGAGUGAAAGGCUAUUAAGAUCUAAUUGGGCAAUUCAGAAAACAAAAGAUUAUACUAUAUGAAAGGAGAAAUAUGUCAGCCCCAGGACAGGAAUGUUACGGAAUGGACGAUUAUGGGGAUAUAUUCUAUGGGAUCAACUUUGCAUCUGCAGACUAUUUGGGUUUAUGCACUAAUGAGUAAGCCAAGGAAGCAGCAGCAACGGCAGCAUAAGAAUAUUCUGUAAAUUCUUGUGGAGCACCAUUAGCUUUUGGAGCAUCAAAAUAUUACAUGUAAUUGAAGGAAGAACUAAAAGAUUAUUGGAAUAUGAAGGAGGUGAUCAUAUAUAGUGCUGGUUGGUUGGCAGGAUAUGGAGUAGUAAAGGGAUUAAUAAGACCAUAUGAUUUUGUAAUAAUGGACGAAUUAUGUCACAAUUGUUUAACUGAAGGAGCUCAUGCAGCAACCAAGAAUGUGUUUAGAGUAACUCACUUGAGUCUCGAAGCAAUGGAGAAGAAGAUUUCUGAAGUUCGAUCGGAUAAUCCAGAAGCAUGCAUUUUAGUUGUGACAGAAGGUCUGUUCAGUAUGGAUAGUGAUUACACUGAUUUGGUGGCUUUGUAAAAGAUAACUUUGAAAUACGAAGCAUUUUUAUUGAUAGAUUGUGCCCACGACUUUGGAUGUAUGGGUAAAACAGGAAAGGGAGUGUUUGAAAUCUAAGGACUGAAAGACUUUUCCAAUGUUCUCUUGAUGUCUGGAGGAUCUAAAUGUCUAUCCACCAAUGUUGGAUGGGUAGCCUGCAAUUCUUUUGAGGUCAUUGACUAUCUUAAGUUCUUCUCUUCUGCUUAUAUGUUUACUAAUUCUGUAAACCCUGUUUAAUGUGCCACUGCUUUGGCAUAACUCAGAAUCUUAAACAGUGAAGUGGGUGUUAGAUUGAGAACAAAAGUGCUUGAGAACUAUCACUAUAUGAAGAAGGAAUUGAAUUCUAGAAAUUACAAAAUCUUGGGAUAUCCUUGUCCCAUUCUACCAUUAUUGAUUGGAGAUGAAUUAACAUGCAGAAUUGUGACUAGAUUAAUGCUUGAUGAGGGUAUUCAUUGCAAUGGGAUUGAGUAUCCUAUUGUAAAAAUGGGAUAGGCUCGUUUAAGAGUCAAUCUUUAACCUCAACACACCAAAGAUCAAAUGGAUACUUUCAUUGAAACCUUUGAUUUCUGCUUCAAAAAGGCUAACAAAUUAACUCAGGACUCGCUUGAAAGAUAUCAACUUUAUUUGGAAUAGUAGGAACAAUAAUAACAACAUACCAAAAAUAAUUUAAAUUAAGUAAACUUCAAUGAGACCAAGAUGGAACUCAAGAAGCCAAACUUAUGA